AUGCUGGUGUGGGCAAAUGGAUCCUGGACAGUGUUACAAGUCACAGACUGGGCAGAAGAUUUUGACAGCAAAUUGAUAUUUUGGUUGAAUGGAAUGGCAGGAACUGGAAAAUUCACCAUAUCCCGUACACCUGCCAGUUUCUUCUUCAAAAAAGGCGAAGCAGAUCGUGGCAAUGCAAGGAGAUUUAUCUCGACUAUCACAAAACAGCUAAUGUCCUACCAUCGACAAUUGGAACCUGGUAUUCUCAAAGCAAUUGAGAAUGAUCCAGAUCUUUCGACAAAGGCCCUCGGUCAACAGUUCGACAACCUUCUUCUCCAGCUGCUAUUGAAUUCGAAGCAAAGCGAGACCACAUCUGUGGUGAUCGUGAUUAACGCAUUGGAUGAGUGUGAAAGUUAA